AUGGCGUCUGCGACUCCAGCUCCUACCGAGCAGGCUCCUCCUAGGCCGCUCUCCUUCGCCAAGGUUGCGGCUUCCGCAAUAAAGCCACAGAUGUCGAAAGAUUCUGCCCCCAAAGCGAGACCACCUGUUGCGACGCCUCGAGUACCUGCCAUUGCUCAGAAGACGCGCGCUAUUCCUGCAAACGGGGAUGCCGCAAAGGCGGCCAUGGAGAAGCAAGAAAAUAAUGCAAACAAAAGUGCUGAAAACGUCACUUCGCAGCGUGCGCCACCAAUUGAAAGAGCAGAAUCUUCGCCGGCACCACCUCCAGAUGCCAAAGCAGAAGCUGCCGAAAGACCUCAGUCUGCCGUGAUUGCCAAGGUAUCUGCUACAGAAGACAGUAACACCCAACUCUCUUCUUCAGACGGAUCAGGAAAACCCCCAAGUAUCGAUGGAAAGAGCGUGGCUUCUGCGACAACGUUUGCAUUGGAUGAAAAAGAGUCGUUGCGACCGGAUGACAGUGCUAGUCUACGGGCGGUCGAGGAGGAAGAUAUCAUAUCGCCUCCAGAUUCAGUCAUUGCAGACUCCCGACAGGGAUCCGAUCAUGGUGCUGCGCGCGCCUUCAGGGAUCAGCUUCAAGAAAUAGCUGUGAUGAACCCCCAACCUCAUCGAGGAGUUCCUCCAGGAAGAUUUCCAACUAUGCCCAUUGGACCCCAGACUUUGUACGAUCCAAAUCAAUCGUUGAACGGCGCGGGGCCCGUGCCUCAGCCUCUGGUGAAUGGCAUAUCUGCACACAAUGGUGCGCCCAACAUGCCUGCCAUACCGGACGAGAAGUUACUCGAGGCCCUACGCUCUCCACGCGAUCGUUUGUUUGUCGUUAAGAUUGAACAGGACUUUAUCGAUUUCAUCAAGGACUCUCGUGAAAACGAGUUGUGUCUGCCUAAUUGUAACACCUUUUACAGGAUGCUGGCCCAUCGUCUUGCGGAUUAUUAUCUUCUUGGCCAUGUAGUUGAUACCACCAUGACAGGUGUGAAAAUUACACGCACGCCAUAUUGUAGAAUCCCGCCGCCUGUGUCGCAAAUGGUUGAUCCUGCAAAGGGAACCAACACCCCUCCUGUGGAGCUUCCUGCUCGCAAGAUCAUGCGACGCGAUGACGGUAAAUCUGGAACAAACACUGGAGCUAACUCGCAGAACGCGUCCAAAACGACGUCUGAGAUGGGUGGUAGUGAGGGCAGCAACGAUGGCGAAGCCAACAAGGACAAGACUGCGCUUUCUCGAGAAGAGCGUGAGGCGCGGUAUCGCGAAGCUCGCCAACGCAUCUUUGGAAGUGCUGAAAGCGAAGAAACUGAUGCUACCGAAGCCAACGGAUCAGGAGAAGACAAGGAAAAGGGAAAGGAUAUGUCGAGGUCAAGCUCUGUUGCAGGAAAGAAGAAGCCCAAGAAGCAGCGCAACUAUGACGACGAUGACUUUCAGGCUCGAUCCCGAUUCAACGUGUAUUAUCCACAGCAGUAUCCCGUUGCUGCGUACGCCGGAGACAAUGCUGUCUAUUACAACGGCUUCCCAGGGCCUACGCAGAAUGCUCCCUUUGCGGCUAUGAACCCUGGGGCCUCGCCUUCAACCACGUACAGUAACCCAUACCCUGGCAUGAUGAACCCGGAAGCACAGCAACAAUAUGGAUGGAACGGACAGCAGUAUCAGCCCUCGAAUGGAUCGAUGAUGAUGUACCCAGGUUACGGGCAAGGACAGAAUGGAUACGACUUGUCGGCAGACUUUCAGAGGGGCAUGUCUUCGUUUCAGAACGCCGGUAUACCAUCCCAAGUGACGCCAAAGAUGGCUAACCCACAGAUGGCGUCCUACCAAGACAAUUAUCAACAGCCUCAACAUAUGCCUAUGAACCCGGGAUGGCCGCAAAAUAAUCAGCAGCCGUCAUAUCCGAUGGCGCAGAACAACUACAGUGCUCCGAAUGGACCAGGCAAUCGUCCCAUGUCUGCGCCUCAUCAGGCUUCCAUGCAAGGCUACCCAUAUGGCCAGUUUCCUCCUAAUGCAUACAAUGGCAAGCCAAAUCGUAAUCAGCAUCCUAUUCCAGGAAGCUACAACCGUGGGCAGUUCAAUCCACAGACUCAAGCCUUUGUUCCUGGAGGACGCAAUAUGCCUUUUGGAAUGCAGCCAAACAUGAUGCAGCCACAGCCACAGAUGAAUGGCUAUGGUGGAUAUCAAAUGUCUGCUCAGACUUCUAUGCCUGCCCAAAUGCCCAGGCACAGUCCAUCUGCUACUUCCACGCCAUCAUUUGGAUCACCUCAAAGCAUGCAGGGCAAUGCCUCUGCUCCGACCAUGAAUCGAAUUGCAUCGCAAUCUGGCGAUCCAGGCUCACAAAGCAGCAUCGCCAAGUACGGCACGCCCGCACACUUACCUCCGAAGCCCCCUGCGCCCGCACCAGCACCACCAUUUGCCCUACCUUCUAUGACGCGAGUGCCGUCUUCUGGAAUGCCUAACAACGCUCCCAAUAUGCCCGCUCGGUGA